CCCGUAUCAGUAUCGGUCUUAAGUCUUUCUCGUAUCAGUGCGCUGGAGACCGCAGUCAUGCGCGGUCGAUGUUUCGUCAUCAUAGUACUUCGAAUUGUUCUUACGAGCAGCAGUGUACCGUUCGACAAUCGAUAUCUUGUUCACAACGACACCAAAAUAGAGUUGGAGCCGCUGCUUAUCUCUACUAAAGUCAACGAAACCAUAACUAUAUCUGCACCGUAUCUCAGAACGAAAUAUUCACAUCACUAUUUGUACACACCGACUGGUGACGUCAUAGAUUUAGACUCGGUGGAGUCGAUUCAAAGCAACAAUAAAAACGAUUUUGAUGACAUCAGAAUAAACGUCACGUCUCUAAGGAGAGAUAGUUCGGAGCUAAUAACGCUGGGCCCGCUGAUCGAAAGCGACCACGGCAAUUGGGUGCUCAGUGUCUUCUACCCAGAUAUCGACGGCAAUUGGGUGGAACUAUUUCAAAUAAUAACCGUCGAAAUUAUUGAAACAAAUUCCGAAGUCCACUAUCAAGUUCCGAUCGGGAGUGCGUUUCGUCCUAAAUUACCCCGACCUAUUAUCGAUCUACAGAGCUGCGAAUUAUCGUCUCCAGAGACAACGUUCGAUCGAUAUUAUGAUCGAAUGGGAAACGAUCCGAACUGCGAAUUCAUAGUCGAGAAUACAACUAAGACUGAUCAAGGACGAUGGACCGUAAUCGGAAUUGGACGGAUUGUACACAAAAUAGUAUAUAACUUGGAAAUUUUAGACGUGAGAUGACUAAUAAACUGAAAUUUAUGGAAAAAAACUA